AUGCUGGUUUAUGAGUACAUGACUGAAGGAAGACGUUUGACUGUAAAAACUGAGGUUUAUAGCUUCGGCGUGGUACUUUUAGAGAUCUUCUUGGGCAAAGAUGCAGUGAAAAAAUAUCCAAAUGGUUUGGCAGGGAUGUGGGCAAAGCCAUAUCUUAGCAACAAGCAGGAACUGCAUCGCGCUGUUGAUCAGAGACUAGGGAAGAACAUAAGGAUGGAGGAAGCUCAAGAGUUCGCUCAAAUCAUUCUUAGAUGCCUUAGUUUAGAACCGAAGACCACGCCAACAAUGACACAGGUUGUAGCUGAUCUAGAGCAACUAGAGCUACCUAUGGGCGGCAAUUGGGACUUCCUCAGGCUGUCUAAAUGCCCAAUAAAAGAGCCUCCCACUUUGAACACUUCAUCUAGAAAGUCAUGUAGCCCGAAAUGCUAA